AUGAGUGGCAACAUUUCUAUCAGAUUGUUUUGGUUGUGGAUGUCGCUGGAUUGAUUUUGCGGCUCCAAUAAAAAAACUAAAAUGGUGAACGUACCGAAGUCGCGCCGCACUUGCUGCACCAAGUGCAAGAAGCAUCAGGUCCACAAAGUAACACAGUACAAGAAAUCUAAGGAGAGGAGGUUCUCCCAGGGCCGUCGCAGAUACGAUGCCAAACAAGCUGGCUUUGGUGGCCAAACCAAGCCGAUCUUCAGGAAGAAGGCUAAGACCACCAAAAAGCUGGUCCUCAAGUUGGAGUGCUCCAAGUGCAAGCUGAAGCGUCAGCUCCCCAUCAGAAGAUGCAAGCAUUUCGAACUUGGCGGUGACAAGAAGAGGAAGGGACAAAUGAUUCAGUUCUAAAUCUUUCUCCUCCAAAAAUGUUACCUGCGAGUGA